AUGUUGGAGAAACCAAUUCUAAUAAUCAAUGGCGCUGGCUUCGUCGUGUCGAUGAUGCUCACAACCCUCCGUCACAACCUGGCUUUCCGCCUCAAACUUUUGCGCCAUGCCAUGUUUUCUUCCUCAUCAUCCUCCGCGGACCCAGAGAAGCCCCGUAACAUAAUCAUCAUAGGCGCCUCCAUCGCAGGAUACUCGGCUGCCAGUAAUAUCGCGCGUUAUCUGCUUCCAAACUCAGAAUACCGUAUCAUCGUCAUCGAACCCCGAGAUCACUUCCAAUUCACUUGGGUGCUUCCAAGAUUCUGUGUCGCCGAGGGCCACGAGCACAAGGCAUUCAUACCUUAUGGCGGGCUUCUACCCCGCGGCUCAUUCGAUGCCGACGGAGGCAAGGUGUCAUGGAUUAAGGAUCGUGUCGCUCGCAUUUCACGAGACAGCGUGCGUUUGGCUGAGACCGGCGAGGAGAUUCCAUACGAGUUCUAG